AUGAGAUUUCAUAUUCUUGGUUCUGAUUAUCUUGGCAACAUGAUAGCACAUUAUCUCCGGAAGCACAAUCAUCAAGUUACUUUACUAUUUCGUACACCUGUUGCAUUAACACAUUUUGAAAAUCGUAAACGAAAAAUAACAGUAAUGAGAGAUAAUGAAAAAGAUAUUGAACAAAGUUACAGUUAUAAUACAGAAAUUUUACGUAGAUAUAAUAAAAAUGAAUUAUUAGAUCAAUAUUUUCAUUAUGAAAAUUAUUCAUCAAAAUUACACCAAAUUCAACGAUUAAUAGUUACAACAAAAUCUCAUGAAAUUAGUAAUUCAUUUCAAAAAAUUUUUUAUCGACUUCCACCAACUAGCACUGUAAUUAUAAUAUCUCGUGGUAUGGGAAUUUAUGAAGAAUUAAUGGAAAAAUUUUUUUCAAAUAAUGAAACUUUAAGACCAAAUAUUUUACUUGGUACAUCUACACAUUUAUGUUACGGUAUGAAGAAUGUAGAUAGUCCAUUUGAUAUCUUUCAUAGUGGAGUUGGAGGUAUUGACAUUGGAGUUAUGCCUAGACGUGAUGAAAGACGAAAUGAAAGAUAUAAUGAAAGACGAAAUGAAAGAUAUAAUGAAAGACAUAAUGAAAGAUAUAAUGAAAGACGAAAUGAAAGAUAUAAUGAAAGACAUAAUGAAAGACGUUAUGAAAGACAUUAUGAAAGACUUGAUGAAAGACUUGAUGAAAGACUUGAUGAAAGUAAAGGAAACUUCAAAAGUUCAGGAAUAUCAACAUUUUCAACAGAACAAGAAUUAACAAAAAAUAAAAGAGAAGGAAGUUCUUUAGGUACAACAAUAAAAGCUUUAACACAAAUUAGAGAAUUACAAAUAAGAUGCAUUAAUGUAUUAAGUUUACAAAAUCGACUAUUGGAGAAUUUAGUACUUAAUGCGUGUAUUAAUCCACUUACGACGAUUUUUAAUAUGCGUAACAGAGGACUUUUAUUUAAUCCUGGAGCAGAUCGAGUUUUACAAGCAUUAUGUAAUGAAUCAGCUCAAGUGAUGCGAGAACAUAGAGAAUAUUUAGGUAUGAAACCAUCGAAUAAAUUUGGACCUGGAAGAUUAGUUGAUGCGAUACAACAAAUUUGUCAAGAGACAGGCUCACGAAAAUCAGAUAUGUUAAAAGAUGCAAAGAGACGAUAUAUUACGGAAAUUGAUUAUUUGAAUGGAUAUCUGGUGAAGUUGGGUAAGAUUUAUGAUAUACCUACACCAUUACAUCAAUUAGUGGUUGAUAUGGUCUACUUAAAACAUAGGCUAUUGUCUG